UCUAAGUAGUAAUUUGAUUUUAAAAUCAAAUUUUUACACGAACUGUAUAAAUUUGUUAUUUUUGCAAACCAUUUCUAUCCAUACGAAUUUCAGAACGAAAUCCGUAAAAAAAAAAUGAUAUCCCUAGUGUUUGUUUUCAGUUACGAAACAUUAAUCACGGGCGUUGCACGUUUUUAGUAGCCGGGCAAACAGCACUUUGGGCACGUCUGUCCAAAACGUCAAUAAUAACGUUGAUAACAAACGAGUUCCCUGACUGCGGUUUGAACUUUAUAUAAUUAAAAAUCCAUACUUUAGUCUUAUAUUUUGCUCCGUUAGCUUUUAUGGUAAUUAAACUUACAAUGGACGAUGGUGGACGUUUGGAUAUAAUAUAUUAUUUGAAUUAACACGUUCAAUCACUAAAAAUUAUUUUAACACCAGCAGGAACGAUGAAGAAAUUUAUCAUAUCUUUACUGCUCUUUCAUAUAAUACUGCCAUUGAGUUUACUAAUAUGUAUCUGUUUAAAACAGAAUGCAUUGACCGGAAUUUAUCUGUUUUUACUACUCUACCUUCCUCUAAUUAAAACACCUACUCCAAAAAAUAUAAAUGGAAGUUCUGGAAUGUUUUUAAAAACUGUAACUUUGAUAAGUUGGCUUAUGAUAUUAAUUCAGCUUUUAUUUCAAAUUAUUCUGCUUGUGAUGCAUCCAUACGGAAAAAUUCUAGAACCAACAUGCGGCGCAAUAGAACGAAUGUUUCGCUAUAUUGGUUUAAUUGAGUUAUCUAAACUACAACUGAUUGAUAUAUUAUUCUUCUACUUACCAGAACUGAUAAUGGUUUGUGCAUCUACUAUUAUACAACGCAUGUUAAUUAAAAUUAAUAUUGAAGAAGACGCAUCAGAUACUUUUACGGAAAUCACAGAUCCUGAAUCAAGAGCAACUACCUGGGAACAGACAAGUUCUAUUUCUGUUGCUAUUUCUAUUGGAAAAUAUCUUUGUUUGGUGAUUAUUUGCCUUGCUGGAGUUGUAGUACCAUCAAUUAUUAGUGCAUUUUACUACAUAACAUUUUUGGGAAUAAUGACAUGGUGGUCUUGCUACCAUCCUAUAAGUCGUGGAUUUGCCUACUUAUUUCGUUUUAUUUGUCUGGUUGCUUGUUUACAUGUAUCUAUUCUUUUUGUAUAUCAAAUGGAGUGGGCUCAAAUUCUUUUACCUCCAAAUUCGCCAAUUGCAAGAUACUAUGGUCUCAUUGCUAUCAGAGAAACAACUUGUAAUGGUACUGUAAUAGUCAAAUUUUUGGACUUAGAAUGGCCUAAGUAUGCACUACCUUUAAUCUUGGUUGUUACACAUUAUCUCUUAUGGUUUGAAUCUCUUCUUUUAUUAAACAAUCCGGAUCUAGAAACAAAGGAACCAUUAGGAAUGACUCGGCAAGUAACAGUUCGUUUAUCUCAAAAAGGUCCCAAUAGUUAUUUCUUUCGAAAUAAAACAAAUCGAUGGCGUGCUGCCACUCGCAAAGUUUGCUUAAUUCGUGGCCAAAAACCCUUGUAUACUACUAGUCCGACAACAACUGACAGCCCAUCUUGUAGUAUGGUGGAAAGUGAAAUCCAGAAACCUAAUACUGAACAAGAUGGAUACCAUGAUGAUAAAGAAUACAAAUCAAAUAUAUUUUAUUAUUUGAUGGAUGUUCUGAGUACUGUGUCACAAUUUAUCACCCGCACAUCAUAUAUUGGCACUAAUAUUGUAAUGAUGGCUUGGAGUAUUACUUACCACAGUUGGUUAACAUUUGUACUGCUAUUAUGGGCUAGUAUUUCUUGGAUGGUUCCUCAACAAAGAAAAACAAUGUUAAGAUCAUCACCAUUUUUAGUGUUCUAUGCAGAGUUUUUACUGUUAUCACAAUUCUUAUACGGAAUGAACCUAAAUGACUCUGAAUUACCUCAAACCAUUCAAGAUUGGAAUUUAGAACAAAUUGGUUUCACAAAAGUUCUUCAUUUUCCCUGCAAGCCUUUAAUCAUAAAGACAUUAUUUACAACAAUGUUCUGGAUAACAAUGAGACAAUAUAUGCAAGAAAGGAGGGAAGCUAGAAGUCAUUCCGCCGUAGCUAAUAUGAUUCAAGUUACAGUGGGAACAGCAACAGCUAUGGGAGGUGAUUCUGGCACAAAAGGCAGUCGAUUAAUGCAAAGACUUGGCGAAGAAGCUAAAAUAAUUCUUACCAAAUUUUGGAUAUGGGUUGUGGCAUUUGUGCUAUUUGGAAUUGGCAUAACUGGCCAACGAAUGACAAUAUUCCGAAUAAUAUAUAUGGCACUGGCAUUAAUAUUUUUAUUAACGUUUCAAUUGUCCUGGGUUUUAUGGAGAAAAAUUAUGUAUGGAUUUUGGCUUACAGUCAUAAUUUAUUCAAUGCUGAUAUUAGUUAUGACAUACACAUAUCAGUUUGAUAAUUUUCGAGAUUACUGGGAAAAGUAUCUAAAAAUUCCACCUACAUUACAAUUAGAUAUAGGUUUAGAAAAAUUUGAAACUGGUGAACUGUUCGUACGACUUUUGACGCCAACAUUUUUUGUUAUCAUUACUGUUGUUCAGCUUUACUAUUUCCAUAAAGAUUUUUUGGCUAUAUCUGAUAUUAAGAGCCGAGGUACUAGUAUUGUUAAGCCAACCAAAUCAGGUAAUUCUUCUGCUUCAAACAGUGACAAAGAAUCAACAGACUCCAGCAUUUCACUUACAGAUAAUAAAUAUCAAAAAAAUCCUCCACGUCAAAGUUUUAUAUCCGAGAGAAAAUCUUUUAAAGUCUUCAAAAAUCUACCAAAGGUUAAAUUACGCUCAUUUUUUAAGAUGCUUAAAACAAUUUUGUCUUAUAUAAUUGAGCUAGCAUGGUUAUAUGCUGAAUUACACAUGAUAAAAAUCAUAUUGUUAUGUGUCAUGUUUUUAGCUGUGUAUGAGGUGUGUUUGGUUCAUUUUGUGUUGGUUGUAUUGGUGACUAUUUCAUUAGUAUUUAAUAGUCGUAUACAAUCAAUUAUUGUCUAUAUUAUAUCCGUUUAUGUAUCUAUAUUGUUACUUACUAAGAUGAUUUACCAAAUUGAAUAUAUACGAGAGGGUACAUGGAACGUCACAUGUCCAGACUUUCAUGAUCCAAGUAAAACUAAAGAUUAUAAUACAGCUAAUUGGGUAGGAUUCAAAAAGUCUACAAAUAAGGUUUCUUUACUCAAUUUACUUAAAGGAUAUAUAUCUAUAGUUUUUGUCAUAACAUUGCAUAGGGUUGUAAUAACUCGGCAAAAAUAUAAGAGACAUUUAAAAGGUAGACCAUUGUCAAAACCUUUAAGAAUGUUUCCAGGUAUUACAUUUAAAGAUGUUGACCAUGAUAUUCCUCAUUGCUUGAAGUAUUUAUUGAAUUUUGGAUUUUAUCGAUUCGGUGUAGAGAUAACUCUUAUUGCUGUAGCAGUGCUUGUUGGAACAAGAAUGGACUUUUAUGCUGUACUUUAUGCAUUAUGGUUAAUGACUUUUGUAAUGUUAUCAAGGGCAACUUUAGCAAAAGUGUGGAUAGUUUUUAUGUUUUUUGUUGUUGUUACCAUACCAUUGCAAUAUGCUAUUGUCAUUGGACUACCUCCAGAUCUUUGUUUACAAUGGCCAUGGGAUGAAAAUGAAAUUAUGAAGAAUUUCCGUGAUUGGAUGUUUUUGCCAGACCCUGAUUCACCUCCAGAUGCAUACAAAUUACUAUGUGAUUUUAUUGUAUUAUUGUUUGUAUCUCGUCAAUCUAUUGUCUUCAAAAUAGAAAGAAGACAUAUAGAUGUAGAAUACCCAGGAGGAACAAAUCGUUCAAUUAUUGAAGAAGCUGAAAAGCCUAGUUUUAUAAAUCCGGUCCCCGACUUUGUAUCUCAUAUAAGAUCAUGGCUUGAUAUAUUAAAACGUAUUGUUCUCAUUGGAUUUAUUUGGUUCACAUUAGCCAUUGUGUUUUUGGCUGGUACCAAUAGAGUUAAUCUAUUUUCUCUUGGAUACCUAAUAGGUUCUUUUAUAUUUUUAUGGCAAGGCAAUGAUUAUUAUCUUCGACCAGUAAAUGUUAUUCUUAAAUGGUGGAAUAAGUUAAUACUGUACAAUAUAACUGUUAUUACUUUGAAAGCUAUACUCCAAAUACCUGGUUGUAUUUUUAUGAAUUACAUGAAAAUGAAUGCUUGUUGGAUGAUACAACUAUUUGGUAUUUCUUGCAUACAAAAGUUUUCUACUAACCAUGCAGUUGUAACAUCAUUAGACAAUGAUGAUUGCGAGAUACCAAUUGAGCAUGUUGGCUUAGCAUGGGAUAUUUUAUGUUUUGGAUUUUUAAUCUUCCAAAGACGUCUUUUUAACAGUCAUUACUUCUUUAGAAUUGUAGAUGAAACAAAAGCAAUGGCUAUAUUAGCUUCCAGGGGUGCUGAAUUGAUUCAAGAGCUUUCACAAAAACGAAUCCAAGAACAGCAUGAAUCAGAACGAAAGGUCCUGGAAAAAAUCAAAUCAAAAAUGGAUCGAAUCAAAGCUACUCAAAAGAAAAUUCAAGGUUUUGGAAUUAAGGAACCGGAAUCUCAUGAAAAAGCUAUUCGUUCAGGUGAUUAUUAUAUGUUUGAUGAAUUUGAUGAUGAGUUAGAUUCAAUUGUAGAAAAAGAUAAUGAAUUAAGUGAUGUAAGUGAUGAUUCACUCGAAGACUCGGAUAAAACUGAUACAGACCAAUUUGUGUAUAAAAAAAAGAAAGAAAUAAUGGAUAAGUCAGUUGUUGGUGAAACAAGUAAACUAGCCAUGAGUGAUAGUGAGGAUUUAAAAGAAGAUACUCAAGAUGGAGAUAAGUUAAAAUCGUUCAGUACAAAAAUUAAAGAGAGUAUUAAUUUGUUCAUGGAUUUUGUCAAUAGUUCAACAAAAACAUUGACUAGGAAAUUAAAUAAAAUUUCUCGAGACUAUAGAUAUGUUAUUCGGACACUAGCAGUUGAAAAGAAAACGUUAAAACAAAAUCGAGGAUUUGGAAUUGGUCUAAGAACAGGUUCAUCAAUGAUUUGGCAGCCAAUGCCAUUUGUUGGUAAAAGUGUCACGUUAAGCGCUGAAAAGUUAGAAGAACUAGAAGAACAACAAGAAUUAAACGCCUCCAAUCAACCCCAGCUUAUGCGUCUUGUUUUGGCUCUUUGGUUUGCAAUCAUAUCUCACUCUGAUUUGGUCUGUUAUUUUAUGAUAUUCUUGCAUCAAAUUAAAUCUGCCACCAUUUUAAGUUUGCCACUGCCACUGAUGGUUUUUCUUUGGGGUACGCUCACUGUUCCUAGGCCAACAAAGAAUUUCUGGGUCACUCUUAUCGCAUAUACUGAAGUAAUUGUUGUCAUUAAAUGUAUGUUCCAAUUUGAUAUGAUACCAUGGAAUCAACAAGUUGUUACUGACAACAUGCCAUUCUUCUUGCCAAGAAUUAUUGGUAUUGAGAAGAAACCAAACUAUGCCACAUAUGAUUUAUUCUUGCUUCUUGUUUUGUUCUUCCAUCGAACUAUGUUAAAAUCAUUGGGUCUUUGGAAAAGUUCAUUGUCAUUUAAAGGAACACCUAUUAACCAAAUAUCUUUAUUUGAUACAAUCGACACUCGAUGUUCAAUGGGUUCUGAGGGCUACCAAGGAUCUGUAGACAACGAUCCAAGUACUGAACAAACAACUGUUGUGUUGGCUCCAGAAUUUUUACAAUCCAGUAACAAAGAUGUACAAUUAAUUCAAAAGUCAUAUGAACAGUCAUUUGAUAAAUCAAACUCAAUAGAUACUGAAAAUCUCUUAGAAAUAAUGCCAUUAUCUCUCAAAAAGCAUUGCAGUCCUCUAGUGUCUUUCUUCGAACAAUUAAUAGAUUCAAGCUCUAGAGUCAAUGCUGAUGUUUAUACUUAUAUGUUUUUGUGUGAUUUCUUUAAUAUAUUUGUUGUUGUUUUUGGAUUCUCAGCAUUUGGUUCUCAAAGUGAUGGCGGCGUGUCUCAAUACUUUGAAGAAAAUAAAGUACCUGUUCCGUUUCUAAUCAUGUUGACUCUUCAAUUUGCAUUAAUCACUGUUGAUCGGUUGCUUUAUUUAAGAAAGUAUAUCCUGGGAAAAAUACUAUUCCAAUUUGUAUUAAUAAUUGGUUCUCAUAUAUGGAUGUUUUUCAUACUACCUGGAGUUACAGAAAGACAAUUUAAUGCUGUAAUACCACCUCAACUUUGGUACAUGGUAAAAUGCUUUUACCUAUUACUGUCUGCAUAUCAAAUUAGAAGUGGAUAUCCAACAAGAAUUCUCGGAAACGUUCUAUGUAAAAAUUACAAUUAUAUUAACAUGAUUCUAUUCAAACUUUUCAUGUUAUGCCCAUUUGUAUUUGAACUGAGAACAAUAAUGGACUGGGUAUGGACUGAAACAUCAAUGACAUUACCAGAUUGGCUUAAAAUGGAGGACAUUUUUGCACAUAUUUUCCAACUAAAAUGUUCGAGGCGUGUGGAAAAUGAAUACCCAAAUCCCAGAGGAAUUAAAGUUAAACCAGCUAAAAAAUAUUUGAUUGGAGGUGGAACCUUGAUUUGUUUAGUGACUGCUAUCUCAUUUCCACUAGUGCUAUUUGCUCUUGGUAAUACAGUAGGAGAACCUAAUUUGCCUGAAGGUAUCAAUCUAAAUGUUAAGCUUGGAUCUAAUCAACCAAUAUACACCAUGACUAUUGAAGGAACAAUUCAGAAGUUUGAUGAAUCCGACUGGUACUCAAUGAUAAAUGUUUACAAAAAGUCUAGAUCAGCACAAACAUUCUUAUCAAACUAUGAUUAUGAAGAUGUUGGUGUAUUUUACAUAACAACCCAUUCAGCAAAUACAUGGUCGAUUAGUCCACCUGAAUUGGAAAGCAUGAUUCAACAAUUGAGUGAACCGAAUGCCUCUUACACAGUUAAAACUGAUUGGGUUAUUAAUCGUAAGAAUGCCUAUGGAGAGCAACCAAAAGAUGUUAAAGAUAGUCAUGAAAUUAUUAUUAAUCAAACAACUUGUGCAGAGCUGGCUAAUCUCAUUACUAAUAAAAAUCACAGCGUCAUGUUGUAUGGUUUAAUACCCAAGUUUAUUAAGGUCACUGGAUUUGGAGGAGCAAAAGCUGUGUCACAGCUAAUGAUUAGUAAUGAAACCGAGCCAUAUAUGAAUGCUAGUGUGUUUUUAAAUAGUAACAGUAAUAACAAUGACAGUGAAAAAUGGUGGGACUUGUAUGAAGAAUGUCCUCAUGAAAGCUCUGCUCGAUAUUUAUAUGAUUUGCCCAAAAGCUCAUGUAUUCCUGGUGGUAACAAGCGUAAUUUCACAAUAUAUACAUUUAAUGACAAAGCAUUUCCAGAAACGUUGAACAUUAUUAGUGGAAAAGGGAUUAUUGGAUUGUACACAACGUUUGUUAUUGUCGUUCAUACAUUUGUUCGAGGAUUUUUCACCGGUAUAUCAACCAAAAUUAUGUUUGAUGACAUGCCAUACGUAGAUAGAAUCUUGCAACUGUGCUUGGAUAUUUAUUUGGUGAGAGAAAGUGGUGAAUUAGAUUUGGAAGAAGACCUAUUCGCUAAACUAGUGUUCUUGUAUCGGUCACCUGAAACGUUAAUUAAGUGGACUCGACCGCCUGACACUACAUCUAAUGAAGAUCCUGACGAUGCUCUCCCUGAACUCUCUGCAUAAUCUCAUAAUUUAAUGUAAUACUAAAAUCUAAGCUAUUGACCUUAUAUUGGUCACCUGUAACAUUAAUAAUGUGAACUUGACAAAUCUGUUACAAUAUGAAACCAAGGUCACGACGACGCUCUCCAUAAACACACAUAAUCUCAUUUGAUGUAAUACUUAAUAUUAUAUAAUAUGUUUACAUGUUUCAAGUCUCUCACGCAUCAUUGUUAUUACUCUUUUUAUUAAAUAGUCAUAAUUAAUAUCUAAUUUACACGCUGAAUAUCUUAUUAACGUCAUAUCUAUGAAACAUAAAUAUUUUUUUUGCACUUUUUUGUCUGUGCUUAAUAAAUUAGAAAUAAUUAUUUUAAGGUUAUUAUUUCCUUCACAUAACCAAGUCUAUUAUUUUUAUGUAUUUUUUUUUGUUUUUGUAAUUUGUUAUGUUUUAUGUACACUAUUAAGAUGGUUCGAUGAACAACCUUUGUGCAUUUUAAAAAAAAUCAAUAAGUAACUUAAUUAAGUAAUGCAAAUUAAUAUAUUAAUAUAUUAGUGUAUUGAUGUAUUGUUUUCAUAAGCUGAUUAGCAUAAUUUUGUAUUUUUCACUUACAUAACUUACAAUCAUGUAUGUAUUGAACACUAUUUAGACAUAAUG